AUGAAUAUCCUAGUAGUGUUGGUCGGAUUAGUUCUGGUCCUUUGCGAAGGACGAAUCGUGGCAUAUCGAAGACCCAUCCAUGAUAGUGAAGAAAAAGAAUCUUUGGAAGACUUCAACGAUGACAGCACUGAGGAAAUCUUCGAGGAUCCGGUACGGGAAAGACAAUCGAAAUCUAGGAAUUUGGAAUCUUCGUACGGUUCCAGUGGCAAUUUCAAUAAAAGGUUUGAAAGUGAAAAUGAAUACAAAGCAAAAAAGCCACAGUAUAGCAGCGGUCGCAGUCGCGGAAAAUAUUCAAGCUAUGGAAAACCUCCACACAAAAGUUACGUGAAAGAAUCACCUAGUAAACAAAAUGCUUACAAUGCUAUUGUUGGAGAUCGCAAAAAAGAUCCAAGAUCAAUUCCACGUUACGAACCCUCAUACCAACCGUACAGCGCUCCCAUUUACAAGCCAGUGAUUCAUCAUCGUCCACUUCCACCACCACCACCGCCGCCACCAAGCUAUAAGCCAGCGGCCCCAAAACAUUCCUGUCAGCAAAACCUUUUGAUUGGAUGUACACCAACAGUCACCAGAGUUCCGUGCAGUGGACACGCAAACGGCUAUCACUCACCGCAACCGUUUUUUGGACCCGCAGGAACCUCAUAUCCGGAGCCAGCCCAGCAUGCAUCAUACCAAUCACACGCAGCUGCAUCAUACAACCCACCCGCACCACCUGCAGCGGCGCCUGCAUAUCAACCAUACUACAAACCCCCCGUCUACCGGGCUACCAAUAAUCAGCCGUCCAAGCCAAUCGUUCCGUCUUUCGCACAUCCGGUGAAAGAGGACACGCAAGACACCGGCAAGCAACCAUUCGUAUCAGCCUUUCCCAAGACGACAACAGCCGAGCCGCAGCUCCCUACUGUUCCGGCCGAUCGCGACCAGAACUUCCAGUUGGCAGAAAGCACCGCCAAGCCGCCUGCUGCUGGAAGCACAGCAGCUGCCGAAGAAACUCACAGUCACAAAGAAGCUUCCGGAGACGAACCCGAGCAUACGUCACCAGCGCCAGCGCCGGAAUCCGACGAGGAACAGUAG